AUGGAUACCUCUGGCUAUGAACAUGCUCUUGAGGUAUGGUCCGCAGCGGAUUUGGCAACGUUACAAAAGAAUUUAGACUCUGAUAUUUUGGAGGUUAAGAACAAAGAAUCGCUGUCGUUGGAAUCGCGGAAAUCAUUGGCCGCUGAAACUAAGAAGUUCAAGAAACUAGACUCUGACGAGAAGUUGGCUAAUGUGAACAAGAUUAUAAAACAAUACCAACAUGAAAUCGAUAACUUAACGCAAAGGUCAAAAUUUUCCGAGCAAACCUUAUUAGACAUCUAUACGAAACUCUCUGAGACACCAGAUCCCAAACCGCUGCUACAACACUCUAUUGAAAAGUUGCGCAAAUUGAGGGAAUAUAAGGGGUUGGAGGAAAAAGUUACCGAUUUGGAAGGGCGUAUUGCUAAGUAUGCUGAUUACGAGACGUUAAAGAAAAGAUUACUGGAAUUGGAACAAAACUCAGCUGUAACUUUAGCCAAAAGGCUGGCUGCGAAAGAGCAAGAGUUGACCUCCAUUUGGAAGGAAAAGGAAAGAAAUUGGAAAGAAAAGGAGGUCGACAUUAACAAGCAGAUUGAGCUUUUGCAAGAAAAUAACAAAGCGUUAGAAGCCAAAAUAUCUAGGCAGGUUGACAUUGGCGGGGAGACUGCGGGAGAUAGCACCGAAACUGGUGGUACUGCUGACGGUAAGUCGUCUGCCGAGUUUAACUUACUUGCCCAAGAACUUGAGUCUGCCCAAAGUAGAAUCAUGAUCCUGGAGCAAAGAAAUGAGGAACUAAGCGGUUCUUUGGCCAAAGCUACUAGUGCUGCAGAAAAGGAAUCCGAAGUUCAUACUCAAAAGCUGAAAAUCAGUCAUUUGGAAGGAGAAAAUGCGCUUUUGAGCGCGUCUUUGGAAAGAGAGAGUAAUGUCAGCAAGAAUGAUAAAACUGAAUUACAAAAUAAGAUCAAAAGUUUACAGAGCGAAACGGAGUCGUAUAAGGGAGAAUUGGAAACUGUGAAGAGGAAAUUGAGUAACUAUUCGGACUAUAACCAAUUGAAAAAUGAACUAUCUGCUUUGAAGAAAAUCGAAUUUGGUGCUGAUAGUGAAUCUGAAAAUGAACAUGAAGACGGGGAAGCAAAUGAAAGUAUCAAGGUGGAUAAUACGUUUAUCACGGCAAAUAAGAAAUUACAAGCGUCGCUGGUUGAACUACGAGUUGAUAAUAAUUCCAAAAAAGAGGAAAACGAGAAACUGAAAAAGGAGGCCCAACGAUUGAAAAGUCAAGUAGAAAGACUCGAAAGCCUAAACACCCAAUUGGAAGCCGAUUUGGAAAAGGUAGACGAUGUUGAUCAAAAAUUCAACGACACGGCAAGUGUAAUGUCAACUGUCACCAGGAAAAUGAACAAUCGUUCCGGACGUCGCGGAAAAUUGUCUCCGACGAGCUCUAUUGUUGGACUACCAGAGGAAGACGAGAGCUUUUACUCUGAGGGCAGUAACACAAUUUUGCCCAUUGUUACAAAACAAAGAGAUAGAUUCAGAGCUAGAAAUACGGAUUUGGAGAAGCAGGUGAGACAGGGUACUUUAGAGAAAAACAGAUUUACAGCAGAAAUUACCAAGUUAAAGGAAGACAAUGUCAAAUUAUAUGAACGCAUUCGUUAUUUAUCCAGUUAUUCUGGGGACUCUGUUAAAGAUACCAUGUCGUUUACCGACAUUGAUGCUGAAAAUCAAUACUCCAAUAGCUACGAUGAGUCUUUGCACCCUCUUGCAUAUUUCAAAAAGAAACAGAUGUCCUACUACAAGAAGAACCGGUUGUCAGUGUUCGAAAAAAUAUUCGUUGCUUUUGCCAACGUUGUUUUACAGAAUAAAACAUCUAGGAUGUUAUUCAUGUUUUAUUGUGUUGGUCUGCAUGGAUUGGUAUUCAUCAUGAGCAUGUAUGUUAUUAACAUAAACGGAUAUCUAACGCCAGAUGUCGGUACUUUAAAAACUGCUUCAGCAUCUAAAGGGGGAGCAAAGAUAAUUGUAUAA